AUGCUGCGGAAGGCGACCCGGACGCUGCUCAACGACAUUGACCUGGUCGUCUAUGACAUGGCCGGGACGACGGUGCAGGAGGGCGGCAUUGUCUACAAGACCCUGCAGUUGGCAAUGCGUGAAGAUGGCCUUCAGGUGUCAGACGAGGACAUGCAUCCCUGGCAUGGCGCGAAGAAGGAGGCCGUGAUCGAGCACUUCGCGCUGAAGGCAGGAACUCCGCCAGAUGACAUCACGGAGCGCGUGACGCGCGUGGGGGAAUGGUUCGUCAACGCCAUCGAUGAUGCCUACUUCAACGAGGCUUCAGCGAUCGACCACAUCGACAUUGGCCUCCUGGGCUACUUCAGGCAACUCAAGGAUGCUGGCAUCAAGAUCGCCUUUGAUACGGGCUAUCCGGAGAACAUCCAGAAGGGGCUGAUCAAGCGCUUGGGUUUUGACAAGAUUGCGGAUGCUUACAUCUCCUCCUAUCAGGUGACAGAGGGCCGGCCCUAUCCCUACAUGAUCCACCACCUUAUGGAGCAGACUCAGGUGAUGAAUGUGAAGCGCGUCUGCAAAGUGGGCGACUCCGUGCGUGACAUCGAGGAGGGCC